AUGGCAAGAAACCUUGCUCUCCUGCUCCUACUCGUUGUCACUACCUCUGCUAUAUGGCCAUUCGACGCAAUAUUUGGUAGCAAGACAACGACUGUCGCUCCAUCGGUGGUACCAACACAUGAAGAAGGUCCAAUGACGCCGAGUCCGGAUACAAAGCCCAACAGUGCCCCUGGUAGUGCACCAAUCGACUCUGGAGAAGAUGAAGACGAGAAGGAGAAUGAGUAA